CUCUCAUCUGGUAAAGAGCCACUGAGAGGCAAGCCUCUAAAGAACGGAGAGGGAUUCUCUCGUCUGCGCACACCCAAGCCUAGAAGGAAAAACCAGCCAUCACCAUGGGCAGGCAAAAGGAGGUGCUGUCAGUCAUGGGACAGAGGCUGAGGAUCAGGAAUAAACUCAUCCGGCAAGCUCUGGCCGAAUGCCUGGGGACCUUGGUGCUGGUGUUGUUCGGCUGUGGUUCAGUGGCUCAAAUCGUCCUCAGCAGAGGAAGCCACGGAGCUUUCCUGACAGUCAAUCUGGCGUUCGGUUUUGCGGUGACGCUGGGAAUUCUCAUCGCUGGACAGAUCUCAGGUGGCCACUUGAAUCCAGCCGUCACCUUCGCCAUGUGCUUUAUGGCUCGGGAACCUUGGAUAAAGUUGCCUGUAUAUGCUUUAGCACAGACCCUCGGCGCGUUCUUGGGAGCUGGCAUCGUCUUCGGCUUGUACUAUGAUGCCAUUUGGGCCUUCGGUGGGAACCAGCUGUUUGUCGUCGGCGAGAAUGCCACGGCCGGGAUCUUCGCCACGUACCCCUCAGAGCACUUGAACUCCGUGAAUGGAUUUUUUGACCAGUUUAUUGGCACAGCAGCCCUGCUUGUCUGCGUCUUGGCGAUCGUCGACCCCCACAACAACCCGGUCCCCCGGGGUCUGGAGGCCUUCACCGUCGGCUUUGUCAUCUUGGUGAUUGGAACGUCCAUGGGCUUCAACUCCGGCUACGCCGUCAACCCGGCCAGAGAUUUCGGGCCCCGCCUCUUCACGGCCAUCGCUGGGUGGGGCUCGGAAGUUUUCUCGACGGGCCGGCAGUGGUGGUGGGUCCCAGUCAUUGCCCCGUUCCUCGGGGCCAUUGCCGGCGUGGGGGUCUACCAGCUGAUGGUCGGCUGCCACGACGAGCCGCCCCCCGAGGCGAAUGAUGAGGAGACCGUCAAGCUGUCCAAUGUGAAGCAGAGGGACAACGUUUGAAGCUGGCAGGGAAAGCGGCCGUCCUGCGGGCGUGCAGAUGGACUGUGUUUUUUUUUAAAAAAAUAGAAAAAUAAUAAUAGGACUGCAGUAACCAAAGAAAAGAGAGAGGAAAACGACGACCCACAAAAGGAAUCUCCCCUCUGACGUUUCCCCUCCCGCCUCCCAAAUUUCUUCAAAUACCCUCGAUGCAUGUGCUUUAGCAAGCCUCUUACGAGCCGCGCCGUCCUACGCUGUGGGGCCACGCAGCCUGCAUUGGACAGCAGCGUUGUAGAAGGGUGUGUGCGCAGGGCCGUCGCCUUGGCAACCUGGAUCCAAGUCUUACGCUUUGCUUUAACCUCCUUAUGGGCCAUUUCGCCUCUUUGGCGGGAUGUGGGCUGGAACGAUUUCAGAUCCACCUUUGUAAAUAGAUCUGGGGCCACCGGGCAAGUUAGGAAUAAGAAAGGAGAGGAUUUAGUUCACUGUGCAGUUGCUGCCUGUUACUAGGGGUUGCCAGCCUCUAGGUGGGGCCUGGAGAUUUCCCGGAUUUACAGCUCCUCUCCAGACAAGAGAGAUUAGCCCCCCUGGAGGAAACGGCUGCGUUAGAGGGUGGACGCGGUGGCAUGAUGCCCCUUCCCCAAACCCUGUGGUCCCCUGGCUCCACCCCAAAAUCUCCAGGAAUUUCCUAACCCAGACUUGGCAACCCCACCUGUUAGUCUGUGGGCCAAACCCACUCCUAGAGUUACCUGAGUCUCCCCAAAGGCUGGGCUUGUUCCUGGGAAAUUUGGUGUAGUGGUUAAGUGCGCGGACUCUAAUCUGGGAGAACCGGGUUUGAUUCCCC